AUGAUGCCUCUUUCUCAGGGGGCUUGGUUUUCUAAACACAGCUUCAGGUUUCGGGUGCAUGUUGAAAUCCUGUCUGGCUUCCAAAGCAACCUGCACAUUAACUGCUUCUUUUUGUUACAGACAAACCUCCCGAUCUUCAAAUUGAAAGAGUCGUGCGUGAGGAGACGAUACAGUGACUUUGAAUGGCUGAAGAAUGAGCUGGAACGAGACAGUAAGAUUGUAGUGCCACCACUGCCUGGGAAAGCUUUGAAACGACAGCUUCCCUUCCGAGGAGACGAAGGCAUCUUUGAGGAGUCCUUCAUUGAGGAGCGAAGACAGGGACUAGAACAGUUUAUUAACAAAAUUGCUGGACACCCCCUGGCACAGAACGAGCGCUGCUUACAUAUGUUCCUGCAAGAGGAGACUAUUGAUAGGAAUUACGUCCCAGGGAAAGUGCGCCAGUAGGAGCACCUGGCACCGUCUUCCUCCAUUCCACCCUCCUUCCUGCAAAAAUGACAUUUAUUUUUACACUAAAUCUGUCUUCUCUGAACCAGCUUUUCCUCUCUUGAACCUCCCAGUUUGUUCAGUAUUUUCCUCUUUUGUACCUGGCAGCAGCUUGUUCUACUGGGCUGUGGUCUUGGCCUAAAGAAUGAAGAUUUAUGCAAGUGAGUGUGUUGUCCCAUGCCUAGGGACAGGUGUGAUUAGGUGUGGAGCAGGAACUUGCUUAUGGCGUUAUGGUGUAGGAGCUGCCUCUCUCCCUAUACAGGAAGGUAUGAGAUGACAUUCACUCCCCCCUGUCUGUGCAGCCCCCAAGCAUCUCUGCAGGAGACUGUGAAGAACAGCAGUUGUCAUGUUGGUCAGUGAUCACAUCAGGUGUUAAGAGUUUUAGUAACUAUCCAGAACAGCAAGUAGGUGCCUGGGUGUGUUGGUCUCUCAUGCACCCCUUUCACCCUGCAUGAAACCCCCAUUCUUCACUGUCUGGAAGUGCUGAGACCCUCCUGGGUAAGGAACUCCUCUAACCCUGCUCUCAGCCUCCUGCAUUACAGACCCGUGUGGUGUAUCCAUGUUAAUCUCCUUCCUGAUGUGCUGCUGGCAGCUCGAGGGGUUUCCAUGAUGUGUGCUCUCUGUGGGCACUUUGGUGUGUGGAAGCUGGGGUAGCCUGGGCU